AUGCCACGGUCCUUAGCGCUACAAGUGUUCGCAGUAGAAGGCAUCGCUCGCUCCAUCCUCUUCUACUUAGACGCGCCCAGUAUUGACGCUACUGUGCACGUGUUCCAAUCGACGUCCGAGCUGCACGGAUAUCUGCAGGACAGUUCGCUAUGGACAGAACUGUCAAUUCUGCAUUUCAAGGGGCAACGAGACUCAGAGCUGCGUUUCCUGGCGCUACCAACGCGUGAUCGGGGCUGGGACUGGAUCACCAGAGACCACACGUGUGUGGAGCUACAGGAAUUCCUACAGUCCACGGACGAGCGGACGCAAUUUGACGAGACAGUCAAAAUUCUGGAAGGCGACAUUGGCUACAUCAACUACAUCGACGGCGUGCCUUUAGACGGCAUCGCGUUUCCCACCAAUUCGCACCUGACCAAUCACUAUUCGGGUGCAGCCCAGGCCGUAUUCCGUCGAGCAGGUCGCGGCCUUGCGGACCAUGUAAACGAUCCGUCUUUUCGAGGUCGCCGUCCCACGGGAUCUGCUGUUGCCACUCCGGCAUUUGGAGCUGGAGUGGAGAAACUCAUACACUGCGUUGGUCCUCGUAUUACAAUGCCCAACUGUUUCGAACUGCUGGCUACGACGUAUGAGAACGCCCUGAGUGCUAUUUUGCACGAGGAGUUGAAGUGUGUGACGAUGGCAUCGAUUUCAACGGGGAACAUGGGCGUCCCGUGUGACGAGGGGGCUCAAGUGGCACUACGGACGAUCCAGAAGUUCUUACGUGCGAAUCAUUGGACCGGAAAACUCGCUAUUGUGUGCCACGAGGAGCCUGUGCUGAAGGCAUUCGAGAACCAGAAACAAUUUGUGCUUGAGCGGUUCAACGAGGCGCUGGAUUUGCCUGUUGUUUCUCAUGACGAUUUACCUCGCUGGCCAUUCUAG